GAGUCCUCUGAAGCGGUGCAGCGGAUGUACUUCACGAUGGUGGAAGAAAAAAAUGUUUAUGGGUCUAAAUGGUUUGAGGGGAACGAUUUAUGAUUAUAAACAAUUAUCACUUGUUUGUUUAGACUAAUAUAGCCAUGUGUUGUUCGUGUUUUGCAGGGAAAAUAUUCAUUUAAAAAGCAAGCACGGCUCCUACUGCAAGCGUUGAAUUUGGCAUCGAUGUUGUGAUCUUCGAUUUGUAAGAUAUUUACAGACAGCAUUUGUCCAUACAAACCUGGGAGUACGGGAGGAUAUGAGAUCAGUGGAGCUGCUUUGGUGAAAGUAAUGCAAAAGCAGCAAGUCAGCGAUUCUUGUGUCUGAUAACACUCUUCUGAACUGAUCUGAUCGGUGGAGAUGUCUCUGGUAGCGUACGACAGCAGCGACGACAGUGAUCGCGAUGAAUCGCCGGGUUCGCCUGCUCGACCUGCGGCCAAGAUCGGCGGACUUUUCGCAGCUCUGCCCUCGCCGAGAAACGCGGAGAUCCGAUCGAGCGCAGAUCAGACAUCAGCUCCUCAACCUAAGAGGAUGACUUUGGAUCUGCCCAAACCCAAAAAACGCACAGAACCCGUUAAAAUCACCGUUCCUGAAAUAAAACCAGCAGAUUCUGACUCUGAUGAGGGCGAGCCCGUCCGAAAGAAAUCAGCUCCUCAGGGAGGUGGUGGUCUGUCCUCUCUGCUGCCCCAGCCUAAGAAUCUGGUGGUGAAGGAGACCAAGCGGCCCCUGCUGCCGCACACUCUAACCAAACGCCCUGGAUCAGAUAAGCCAAAGGCAACCCAGGCAAAGUCCCAGGGUCUUUCUGGAACCAGCCCGUCCCCGUCCGCCAUCAAAGCAGCUGCAAAGUCAGCGGCGAUGCAGCUAGCCAAACAAAUGGCCGCGGAUGAAGAGGGAAGUGACGAUGAACUCACUCCAGAGAACUACUUUUCCCUUCCGGAAAGCUCAGCACAGCCUGUGAUGUCUCAAAACCCGCAUUCUCAACAGUAUGUUCCCUCUCUACACCCUCCACCCGGUGUGGAGGACGCUCCGCUGGACUUUGUUUCUAAAGCAGACAGUUACAGUAGGUCAGUCGGAGCCAUGCAAGACUAUCAGACGGAAGAAUAUCAACAGCAGUACCAGGAGUAUCCCGCAAAUCCACUGCCAGAGACUUCUCCACAGGAUUACUAUGGUGAGGGAUAUUACCAAGACCCAAACCCUGCGGCUGAUGAGCAAGAAGAUUCAGGGUCCUCUUCAUUGUUCAAUGAUGAAGCAUUUCGGCGACUACAGGGCAAACAGAAUCGUGGAAGAGAGGAAAUCAAGUUCCUGGAGAUCAAAGGAGACGAUCAGCUGAGCGGCAAUAAGCAAUGGCUGACAAAGAACAUGACAACAGAGGCAGAGCCCCGCAAGUCCUUCAGCAAGAAAAAAGGAGAUCAGCCAACAGGACAACAGAGACGCAAGCACCAAAUCACAUAUCUGAUUCAUCAGGCCAAGGAACGCGAGCUGGAACUCAAGAACAACUGGGCCGAAAACAAGUUGACUCGACGACAAACGCAAGCCAAGUACGGAUUCUAAUGGACUGGAUAUCAAGAUGUUGCGCACACCACUACCUAACGCUGAGCAGAUUUUGUCAGAGACUGCAGCCGAUAACAGAAAUGUGAUAUUUUUGCCAGCUUUUAGAGAUGUAUACCAGUUCGUAUUGUUUCAGAAAGGAGCUAAGGACUUUUAAAGCACUAUUGGCUGCUAAUAAAAUGUUUAAGAUGGCUCCCAAUUGUCUACCUGAUAUUAUCUUUCCAUUUGAACUACAUUGGGUUUUGUCACGAGGUUUUGGGUCACCUGUAACAUAAUAGUAGCUGCGUAGGUUCACAUGAUUUAUUUGUUUAUUAAAUGAUUGGGAUGUCAUGACUUGUUUGUCUGGAAGGGUUUUGUCUUCCACACUGCCAUCGUGAGCAGUGGCAUAUAUAAAAUUAAUGAUUGAAAAUGUGAAAGAAACUGGUAACACUUUAC